GCGGGGCCCCCGCCGCCCUCCCCGUGCCCCCCUCCAGCGCCCGGAGGCGGGGCCCGGCCUGCCCGACGUCUUUCAAACGACCCAACCGCCCGGCGCGGAGGGAGGGCGGGACGCCGCGCAGUCCCCGCCUGGGAGUUUAAAGCGCCAUUUUGUGCCGGGCGGCCGGAGAUCGAUCGUCGCUCCCCGCCCGGCGCGGGGCCGUGAGCAGCGGGCGCCCGGCGGCGGCCGAGCUGCGGCCGGCAGCUCUCCUCGACUCGGCUCGGCUGGGCUCGGCUCUCCCCUCCCUUUGUGGUGACUCUCCCCCACCCCGUCCCCCAGCUUCCAUGACCCGCAGCAGGAAGCAGGCGGCGCUGGAGAGAGAAGCCGGGAAGAUGAACCCAGACGCGGGGAGCGCCGCGCCGGGGGCCGCGGGAGCCCGGGCGGCGGUGUCGGGGGCAGCCGCGGGGGCGCCCGCCGCCUGGGGGCUGGAAGGGGAGGAGGAAAAAGUUGUGUACUCGCGCUCGCAGGUCUCCUUCGCCGGCACCAAGGCGCUGGGCGACGCCCUCAAGCUCUUGAUGCCCAAGUCCACGGAGUUUAUGAGCUCCGACUCGGAGCUGUGGAACUUCCUCUGCAGCCUCAAGCACGAGUUCUCCCCGGUCAUCCUCCGCAGCAAGGACGUCUACGGCUACGCCUCCUGCCGCGCCGUCGUCCCCGACCCGCCGCCGCCCUCCUCGGAGCGGCCCCGCCGCCUGGCCGGCAAGCGGCGCCUCCCGGCCGCCAGCGCCCAGCGCCGGGCCGCGCCCGCGGACGGCAGCGCCAGGCGGCGGCGGCGGCGGCGCCGCAGGAGGGGACGAGCGAGGCCGCGACCGGCGCCCGGCGGCCCCCGCGGCGCUGGGGAGGGGGCGGCGGCGCCGGCGUCGCGGCCGCCGGGCGGGGAGGCGGACAGCGAGCGGGGCCGCCCGGCGGAGGGGGCCGGCUGGGAGCCCUUCGACGGCAAGUCGCUGGAGGAGAUCUGGAAGGCGGCCACCCCCCGCCUCACCACCUUCCCCACCAUCCGGCUGCGGGGCAGCGUCCGGAGCCGGCGGAGCCUGGCAGCGGCGCGGCGCCAGGCGCAGCGGAUCCUCGGCGUGGACCUGUCCCCCGUGGUGCGGGUUCGCCGCUUCCCCGUGGCGCUGUCCUGAGGCCCCCGCGGCGGGCGGGGGGGCACGGCCGGCGUCUCGCCUUCGCCGCGGGUGCGGGUAAAGAGACCGAUAUCAGUCACCUGUUUACAUGGCUUUUGUCUGGAUCGUGUUCUGCAGCUGCACUUUAUGGCUCGCUCGAGCGGGGGCCGGGCCCCCCAGCCGCACGGGGGGCGGCCUGCCGGGCCGCCGCGCAGCCAGGGCCCCGGGCUGGGCCCCGUCCCGGCCCCGGCGGGCAGGCGGGAGGCACCGCCCGGCAGGUAUCACGCGUGGGGACCAAGUUCCACUUUUUUUCUCUCCCAUUGGGCUACCUCACUGGUCCAGAAGUCCACCCAAGAAGUUAUUUUCCAAAGGAACUUACUUUCAUGCUUGUAUAAUAAAGCACCAUCUGAUUCUUGCUAUUAUUCUCCGCCCCCCCCCCCCCCGCCUCCUUUUCCGAUGGAUGAUGUAUGCUUUGUGGUAUUGCACUAGUAUGUGCUCAGGGUGUUUUGAAUCCCAGGCAUUCCCAAGUUUCAGUUUAUUCUGAUCAAGGAUGCGUAAAGAAUGGAGGUUCAGGACUUGUGGCUGUUCUUGAUGGUGCAAAACCCUUUUUUAAAAAAUUUCAUGGGCUUAGUGAUAUAUAAAGAUGUAUCGCGCAGUAUAAUUGUUACACUUUUGUAUCUAAAGUCAUUUUUAAAGUUUUCUAGUUGAACUAAGUAUUUGUUUUUAUUGAGCACCUAAAGAUAGAACCAUCCUGAUAUUUUAUAAGCCUGUUUACUUUGGGGAAGCUCAUUUGGUCAACCUAAGUGAACUUAAUAAAAGUCAAAGAACGA